GCGGUGAAGACGCCGGCGCACACGAUCGACUACGACGUGUCGAAUCACACCGUGGCGCGAGCGGGGGACCCGGAUAAGCGCGCGUUCACGUACUUCGUCAUGACGGGCGGUCGCAUGAUUUACGCCAGCGCGUUGCGGUUGGCGGUGUUGAAGUUUUUGCUCUCGAUGAGCGCGACCGCCGACGUUCUCGCGCUCGCCUCGCUCGAAGUUGACUUGAGCAAGGUUGAGCUCGGGAGCACCGUGACGGUGAAGUGGAGAGGGAAACCGGUGUUCAUCCGACGACGCACACCGGCUGAAAUCGCGAAAGAGGAAUCCGUGGACGUCGCUUCGCUGCGCGAUCCGCAAGCCGACUCCGAGCGCGCGCCCAAUCAAGAGUGGCUCGUAGCCGUCGGCGUGUGCACGCACCUCGGUUGCGUCCCGAUCGCAAACGCGGGUGAUUACAACGGUUGGUUUUGCCCGUGCCACGGCAGUCAUUACGACGCAAGUGGUCGCAUUCGUAAGGGACCGGCGCCGGAGAACCUCGAGAUUCCUGAAUACAAGUUUUUGGACGGCGACAAAAUGCUCAUCGGUUAG